AUGGCCAUCGUUAAAUUGGUUAAGAAUAAGGCUUACUUCAAACGAUUCCAAGUUAAGUUCAGAAGGCGAAGAGAGGGCAAAACUGACUAUUAUGCUCGCAAACGCUUAAUAUGGCAAGACAAAAACAAGUAUAAUACACCAAAAUACAGACUUGUGGUGCGCUUUACAAACAGAGAUAUAAUUUGUCAGAUUGUCUACGCUCGCAUUGAUGGAGAUCGAGUCCUGAGCUCUGCCUAUGCCCAUGAAUUACCGAGAUACGGUGUCAAGGUGGGACUAACCAAUUAUGCUGCUGCAUACUGUACUGGUCUUCUCUGCGCCAGACGUGUUUUAAAACAACUUGGUUUGGACGGCCUUUAUGCAGGAGUUGAGAAGGCUGAUGGUCAGGAGUACCAUGUGGAAUCUGUCGAUGGCCAAAAGUCAGCUUUUAGAUGUCAUCUAGAUAUUGGCCUCGCAAGAACAACAUCUGGUGCUAACGUCUUUGGCGCCCUUAAGGGUGCUGUAGACGGUGGUCUGGAUAUCCCGUAUUCUCCAAGCAGGUUUCCAGGUUAUGACCAGGAGUCUAAAGAAUACAACCCUGAAGUUCACCGGGCGAGAAUAUUAGGCCACCAUGUUUCUGAGUACAUGAAGCAACUUCAGGAGGAAAGUGAAGUUGACUACAAUCGACAAUUCAGUGGUUACAUCAAGCACGGUAUCACUGCUGAUAGUAUUGAGGCUAUGUAUUUGUCUGCACAUGCUGCUAUUCGAGCCGAUCCCUCCGCUGUUGUCCACGAAAAGAAGGAAGUAAAACCGAAGAGAUAUAACCGCAAGAAAAUGUCUUACAAACAGAAGAAAAAACGUAUUAGUCAGAAAAAAGAACAUUAUCUUUCUCAGCUUAAAAAGGAAAUCGCUGCAGCUGAGUAACUGGUUUGUAUAAUAUAUGUUUUCGGAACGAAA